AAAAGAGAUGAGCUGCGAAAGCGCAAUUGCGGAAUUAGGGUUUAUUAGGGGAAGGAGGAGUGAUGGCGAAAUUUAACGUGGUACAAAAGAGAAGGAGAGCCGCGAUUGCAGAUCGCAAAAGAGCGACCAAAGGAGAGCCUUUCACUGGUAAGCUCAAGAUUAAACCCCAGCCCCACUCCAUCUCCGGCAAGCGCAAACGCAAGAUCUUCAAGAAAUGGCGCAGAGAUCAGAAAGAGGCUGUGGAGAAGGGUCUUGUCACCAUGCAGGAUGUCGAGAUGGCUGUGGCUCAAGGAACGUCAACAUCUAAGGAUGCCAGUAAACAUCCUUCCCAAUUUCACGUGAAGAAGGGUCUAAAGCUUAAAGUCAAACAACUGAAGAAAAAAGGCAAGUUCAUUUGCAUAUACAUCUUUUCAUCCUUGCCCCCUCUCCAAAAUGUUCGGAUUCUACCACUGUGAGCUCUAUAUUUUUAUGUUUUGAUGUGAUAAAUGUCUGCCAAUGUGCAGGUAAGAGCAAACAAAAAUUUCUGAGGACAGCUACGGAAACUCCAGUUGAUGCCAUGAUAGAUUAAGUGCUGAGGGAUCACCAGACAUCUGACAAAACUAUGUAACUAUUUGACACUGAGAUCGAAAGAUGCGUUUAGUUUUAUCCAUUUUGCUUGGUCCUUAUUGCUGAACAUUUUCUCUGUUGUACAAUAUUAGUGAAUUCUUUUUGGUACUAGAUUUUGUUUGUAGCAACUAGCAAGGGUUGUGUUUAUUGUUC